AUGCCUUACCAAUGGACAGCUGAGCGAGAGCGUCAGAUGCUCCUGCUGGCCAUUUCCCGGGCCAAUCUGAGACCCUCGGCUGACACUUGGACUGCCGUUGCUGCCCUCUUGGGAGGAGGUCUUUCGGCUUCUGCAGUCAGCCAAAAGUAUUACAAAUUGCGAAAUGAAUCAGACAAGAAAUUGCAAGGAGCUGGCCAGAACCUCUCGGCACCGUCUACACCAACCAAACGCAAGCGAGAAGGCGAGGUUAAGACGCCAACGAAGCGAUCUAAGCAAGCGGUCAAACAAGAAAUCCUUGAUGGCGAGCCAUUCUCAGAUAUGAGCAGCCCAGUCUCGGAGUCGCAAGGUGUCAAGGCGGAGGAGGAGCCCAAGGUAGAGAUUGACGCAUAUCCCACCGACGAAUCUUUCUAUGUGCCGGUUGAUUACUUCAAGAAUGGCUAUGGCCAGAUCACCCCAGAGAGUAGCAUGGCCAGCAGCAGUAUGAGCAGUUAUGCCAGUGGAAGCUACCUGGGACGAGUUUGA